AUGCAAUUUUUUGAUGAAAUUACUGUGAAAUUACUGAAAUUUCUGAAGGUCAUCGAAAAAGAUGAUAAUGAACCCAUAGAGGUAAAAGAUCUUAUGGAUAGAUCAGAUUUCUCCGAAAAGGAUCGAAUUAAUUCUUCGGAUAAUACUUCUCAUUUUCAAGAAUUAGAUGAUAAUAAUAUUAGUCGAUGCGAGAUGUACUAUGAGGCGCCACUCUACGGCGGAGAAUGUUUAUUGGUUCAUUACGAAUUUCUUAGUGUUUUAAGCAAGAGAUUCAAUCCGUUCAAUCCGAAUAAAAAAAAUAGAACAUCAAACAUUGAACUAUCCAGUCAAACAUUCAAAUAA